CGUCCGGUUGACUGAGCGUGGCUUCGAUGCGCGUGGGCGCUCUUUUUGUUCGCUUCUCCCUUAUCUUACGCCCCCCCUCUCUGUACUCUCAACUGAACCACUCAGACCCGCCGCUUUCAGAAUCCAAGCCUUUUCAGCUGUGCCUGGCCACGGCGGAGCCGCGAAAUGCAGCUUCAAUCUCUAGAAGCCAGAGAAAAGCUCGCCCUCAGAUCGCAAUCCUCGCUCCUGCUUUUACAGUGUGAGGCGUAGUGGAUGUGACUGCGUGUUUCGAAUGAUUCUUGCUCGCGCUAGCUUUCUAGGCUGCGGUGUGAUCUGAUCAUCCCUCUGCUUCUUCUCUCUGUCUCUCUGUUCCCGUGUCUCGAGCUGUGCGUGAGGGGAGAGAGAGAGGGGCUAGGGUGGAUUUUCUUCGGUCUGUUGAGCGGUUUGCUGUUUAACUUUUGGAGGACUUGGAGAGGGAUAAGGUGUUUUCGUGAAAGUUGCUUACGCCGAGAGAGGGAGCAGGGAUUUGUAGCUUACGGCCCUGUUGAAGAUUCCGGUAUUGGUAGGGUAUUGGGUGGCGUGUUUGGGAGGAAAAUAUGACAAUUUUUCUGAGAAUUCGAAAGAAGGAUCGAUGCGUUAGCUAGAACUGGAAAUGGGGAGUGUAAAACUGAGACUUCUGCUUGAACCAAUAUGGCGCAAUGGCAGAUAUAUUGACAAUGGAGAUAAUUCUCUGCGGAACUUUGUUUCGAGGAAGUUAGAUUUCUAGGUUUUUUUUGUUUUUUUUUAAUUCUGCGCUCCGCGUUUUGAAUGCUUUGAAGUGGAUUUCAGCGUUUUCUCUUGGAUACGACUAGGGUUUGAGAUCAUUGGCUCUGUGUCGGCGGAAGCUAUGAAUGACAGCUCGGGGAAAACGGCGUCCUCUCUCGCCAUAGCGGAGAAGCGGCUUUCCAGGCCUGGCGGUUGUGUUGGCAUCUUUUGUCACCUCUUCGAUUGGAAUCGGAGGUUCACCAAGACGAAGCUUUUCUCUAUGAAAUUGCUUCCUCCAGCUCGUCCGAAGCAAUCUCCCCCCAAGUUUGGCGGAGAGGAUAAGUUGCCCAAGAUUCGAUUGAUUGCAAAUGAAAACAGUGGGGGUUUCCCAAAUGUGAGGAAAAAUGGGGUUUGUAAAGAUGAUUCCAGCCAAAAACCUGGAAUGAAACCUCCGGGCUUAGUUGCUAGGCUUAUGGGUUUGGAAUCCAUGCCGGUUGUCCAGCAACAAGAUAGCCCAAAGAAAGGUUCGUCAAUUGAGCCUGGCGGUGAUAAAGGCAGCCAAAUUUUGAGUGGUCAGAGGGGAUUUGAUGAGGAAGAUGCAACUUUGGGGAAGGAAAGGUUGAAACAUGAAACGCAGCCUCAGAAGCUUCAGAAGACUGGAGCUUUUGAGAGGCAGUCGAUAAGUAGGUUUGGAGCUGAGACAUUGCAAUUCAAAAGUGUUUUGUCACGAUCAAGAAAGAGGCAUCCAGAACUCGCAUCUCCAAUAAAGAGUUCAAGAAUGACUUCUGGAAGAAAUACAUCUCGGUUGAUUGAUGUUGCUGCUAGAAUUUUGGAACCUGGAUUGCAAGCUUCAAAUAAGUCUAAAUGUGCGAUCACUUAUUCAAAUAUAGUACAUCGUGCUCCCAAACAUGAGGGUAUAAUGGAGGGAAAAAUGACCCAGUCAUUGAAUUUAUCCAAAAAAUCUGAUUAUCAUGUGACUGAAACCAAAUCAUUGAAGGAGAAUUCUUGCAAAAACUGUGGCAGUUUGCUAGGUGUCGCUGACUCCAGCCCUUGUUUGGAGGAAAUGCCAUUGCCUUUUGCUUCCUCUGUCUCAAAAUAUGUCAGCCCUUCUAUUCAUGGCUUGGAAAGGAGUAGUAUGCCUGGAGCAGAAGUGUUCCCAGUUGAUCAAGGAAUUGAAAGAGUUGGAAUGAGAAGCAAGGACCAAGCCAUGCCUGUUAGCGCUCAUGCGAGGAACAGUAUCAAAUCCCAUUCUGCAGCCAUUGCUAAUAGAAAGCAUAUAAAUCAAGGUGGUCAGAUCCUAUGGCAUCCAACAAGCCAACAAUGCAAGUCUCAGAAUGAUGUAUUAUCUUCUAUGGCUCUUAAGCAAAAGAAUCGAAGGCAAAACAAGUUAUCACUAGACAGGGGUCAAGUUUCAUUGCAGCCCAAUUUAUGUAAUGUGCACACCACGAGUGUUUCGUCUGCUGCAAAUGCCACUAAUGAGACAAAAGAUUUUGUUGGACUAAAUCGAAGUCUGAGUGGUCGCACCCAAUCAAGGAUGCUUGUCAAAGUGUACAAUUGCAAAUGUGAUAUGGAGAUGAAGCCUUUUAGAAAGCAAGAUGCUUCUAUAUCCCCAAUCCGCAAGAGAAGGUCAAUAAACAUUAAUCAUCAAGUUGAAAGUUCCACUGUUGGGAGUCCUUCCACAUUUGGAAAGCAAAGAAAAGCAAGGCAUCAUCCAAUGCCUGGAACCUCAUCAGGACUUGAUGCAGGCUCUGUGAACUGCAAAAGUACUAAGGAGAGUGACGUUAUUUCUUUUGCUUUUAAUUCACCAAUGAAGCAAAAGGUUGAGGUUAAUACCACUCAUAACGUUACUCAGAAAACUCUCAUUUUGGAUAAAAGUGAGAGAAAGAUAAGGACUGCAUCAUUUCUAUUAAGUGAAGAUGCAUUAGGCGCCUUUUUGGAACAAAAAUUAAAGGAAUUGUCUAUUCAAGAAGAGGAUGACUUGUCAACAGGAGGUACUCUGCUGAGGAAGAGCACUGCUAUGAUUCUUCAAGAGCCAGCAACUGCCUUAACUUCGGAGGGGCCUGUAUCUCAAGAUAAUGUUGAUUUUGGAUCCAAUGGAGAAAAAAUUUCUUGCAGCAGUCAUCAGCAUUUGCCAGACAUGAGACUAAAAUUCCAGGCCAAAGAGAAGAAAGCUGGGGAUUCACUUGAUUAUUUGCAUGGUAGUAAUCAUCUUAGCCCAGGAUCCGUUUUAGAAGUUUCUUUUUCAAAUGACAGCUGCUUGUCAAGCAGUGUGGAUGAUUGUUCAGCAUUGAUGCAUCCCUAUAUGCUCCCAGUUGCGGCUCCUAAUCUCCAUUCGGACUCUCUGGAUUGUUCAUAUUAUGGACCGCAACCAUUAGAAACUGAGGCAGAGCUCUUGGAUUCUGCAACCUCAUUAAGGAAAGGGUGCAAUGGCCAUCAGUCCAUGACUGAUCUCGUUAAUCAGAUUUCUGAACGAUUAUACAGCAUCAGCUUUGUUGACUCUGGGCUGAAGGGAAGCAAGCUGGCACAUGCGAAGGAAGUCAUGUUGAAUGCUGAGGUGUUCUUCAGAAAUACAGCGGUUCAAAAUUCAGACAGAAGCAAUGAUUUUUCUUUUACCCAGUUCCUCAUCUUUGAGCUGGAAACUCUUGCACGUUCAUUCUGCGCAAAUUUUGGUCAGUUUCCUGGCAUUGAGGGCACGAAAAAUGGAAAUCUGCUUAAAGAAUUUCUCUUUGAUUGUGUGAUAGAAUAUCUGGAUUCAAAGAUUGAUCUGUACUGCAAAUCUGGACUGAAAGCAUGGACAAGCAUGACAUCAUGUGCCAAUGCUGAUAAGCUGAUUACUGAGAUCGUGGAGGAGGUUAAAAAGUGGUUGCAUUUAGCUGAAAAUAUCCCAGAUGAGAUAAUAAUGGAGGAGAUGCAUCAUUCCUUGGGGGGUACAGAUUUUGAGAUUGAAGCAUACGAGACCGGUGCUGAAAUUGACGGGGAUUUGCUGCAGAUCUUGGUUGAUGAAAUUGUAGUAGACCUCUGUGAGAGCAAACACUGUCCCUCCAGAAUCUGACCGAUGAGUUGAAAAUUUCUCUUGUUAAUCGAAUCGGGAUUGUAUUUUCUGUACGAAUCUAUGGAUUUCGCUCUGGAGGAAUUUCACAGGGUGCUAGUUUUGUUAAUGGAAGUUCUUUUGUUCUGUAUAUUAAUUAGCAUAGCAAAAUUGGCAUUUGUGAUGGGCUUUUUCAUGCCUACACAUUCCGGCAUGUUCUGAUUAAACAACUAAUCAAUACUUUUGGUG